UAAAAUUAUGUAUAUAAAUUUCAAUUCCAACUAAGAUUCUUUAGCUGUGGGCUACUCUCAUCCAUUCAUCAUUUGCCAGCUUCUUCUCUUGCUUUUGCCUUCGAAGCCUUGUUAACAGCACCGUCAUUGACUCUCUCUCUCUUCUUCAUCCUCUUCAUCUUCUUCAGCUUCUUCAUCUAUGUCUCUUGCAUGUUGAGAAUUUAGCUGUCUCUUCUCCUUUUGGGCUUUUGGGGUUGUUCAUCUCUCUUCGCUUUCUCUCAAUCUCCCUCUUUUGAGACUCUCUCGGAAUUUAAUCUCCCUUCUUUCAGACUCUCUGGAAAAUGCAGGAAAUGAGUCAGGAAAUGGGUCAUUGGGUCCCUGAUUCUCUUCCUAGCUUUGCCAAAAAUCUUCAUAUCUUGGUGGUGGAUCAUGAAACCUUGUCUCUCAAGCACUUGAGUUCCUUGCUUAGAGAGCAGUCUUACAAUGUUACGGCCACUGGACUAGGAUCUAUUGCUCUGUCAAUGAUUAAAGAAAGAGGUGACCAGUUCGACCUUGUCAUGGCUAACGUUAGCAUGCCGGAUAUGGACAGCUUUUCGUUCUUGCAUGUGCUCCUUGAGAUGAAUAUUGUUGUCAUUUUUAUGUCAUCAGUGAUGAACUUGGAUGUGGCCACGAGAGCAUUGGCAGAAGGAGCGUGUUAUUUUCUUCAGAAACCUAUUUCCAAGGAUGAUCUCAAAUAUGUAUGGCAACACGUGUAUCGAAGAAACAGAAACAUAUCCAAGCUAACCCAUGAAGCAAAUUGCGUAGAAAAAGCCAAAUCUGGAAAAGAAUCUGUCGGUAUCCAAAACGACGAUACUAUUGUUUUAUCUCAGUCCACCGAUGAAGUUAGUAUUAAUAAUAAUUGUAGUAUUAACUAUCAACUUAUGAGCUAUAACGAAGAAGUGCAGAAUCAGCCAACUAAUGCUUCAUACUUCGAAGGAAAGAGAUUAACGGAUGACAUAGAAGGAACAAGUAAGGAGAAUAGAGUUACAUAUUACUCAACGCCUACCAAUUUUGGAGAUACAAGAAUUGAUGAGGAUAAUAGAAGAAUGAAGGAAUAUUAUAUUUCUAGUGAUAACAAAUCACGUGUCGUUUGGAAUGUGGAACGACGUCGCAAAUUCUCCGACGCCCUCAACAAGCUUGGUGAUAAAUGUCGUCCAAAACUUAUACUGAAAUUGAUGAAUGAACCAUGCUUGACCCUACGCCAGGUAGCGAACCACCUGCAGAAAUACAAAGCACAAGUAGAGUCCAUGAAAAAGGGGAGAGAAAAUAAAUUAGCUCCAAGGAGGGAAACAUCCAAAUUCAAUUUCUCAGUCAGGACUCAACUUCCUCCUCCGUUGGUGCCAAAGCAGCCUCACGAUGAGGCAAACAGCUCUACAAAGGGAGGUUCAACCUCUUUUAUAGGAGGGGAAAGAUUCCGACUUAUUGCUCCUAGACCUGUGCCUAAUCCUACACUGCCUGUUAGCGCCAACUUUGCAAACCAUGGUCUCAUAAUGCUUGACCAAAAUUUUCGGCAUGUUGAUUCAAACUACUAUUCAGUUCCAUAUAUCAUCAAUCAAACAACUCCAGAGGUAACUUCUUCUUGUGUAUUUGAUGGAACUCAGUUCUCAGAUAAUCCUCUUGAUGUAGUACAGCAAGAUUUGACUGCUUUCAAGAUUGGAAACCAAGAAGCAAUGGAAUGUAAUGGCACAUCAGAAGGGAUUCAGUUGAUGUCAAACAACAUGGCUUUUCCUUAUUCAACCAACUUGGACAAUAUUGCUGCAAAUUUUGGAAAUGAAGGAAGCCAACAACAAUCAGCCGAAUAUGAUUAUCUCUUAAAUUUUUUAGAAGACGAUCCACACGACUUUGACAGCGACUUAAAUCUGAGCGACGUAGAUAAAUACAGCGAGUGGCUAAAGAACACUGUUCUUGAAAAUAGAAGCGGUCCAGACAGCUUUCUCGGUGACAAUACAGAAAACUUUCCAAUGGGAAACAACCCAUAAAUAGGUAUGUUUUACUUCUCUAAUGUUCUAGAGGUGUUUAAAAAUGUACAUGACUGAAAACUAGCUUAUCAACUCUACAUAUUUAGCAAUGUUAAUUAUGUUGUAACU